AUGAGUGUUGAUAAUGGGAUUAGGGUUGGUGAUAAUCUGACUGAUGUGCCUCUUGAGAUUGAUGAUUGUUUUAGGAGUGAUGGUCUAGAGGGAUUGACUACUGUGCCUCUUGCAGCAGUUGACUUGUAUAAGGGUAAUGCUCUAGGGAGAAAAGCUGGAGUACCGAAUUACAGUUUUUCGGAAAAUCAAGAGGAGGGUGUUGAUAGACGAGUAGGGUGGAGAGGUGGAACUUCUUUUGUAGCUGCUACUGCUGGUUUCGGUUUUGAUGUUGGCACAAGUAAUACAAAUGGGAAAAACUGGAAGAGGGUAAGAGAUGAAAAUGGAUCAAUGGUUGCUAAUGCUGGCACUAUUGGCAAUAAUGGUGAAGUUGAAAAGGUGAACAGUCAGCAGAUUCAUAUGGCAAUAGGACGGUUUCUAUAUGAAAUUCAGGCUCCUCUGGGUGCCGUGAAGAACUCUGUUUAUUUUCAGCCAAUGAUUGAUGCAAUUGCUUCUGGGGGAAUGGAGAGUAAACCACCCUCGUAUCAUGAUCUUCGGGGUUGGAUAUUAAAUAAUGUGGUUGAAGAAGUAAAGAAUGAUAUUCAUCAGCACAUGAAUACUUGGGAAAGGAAUGGUUGCUCGCUUCUAGUAAACCAAUUGAACUCCGAAAAGGGUAGAAUAUUGCUAAAUUUCUCAGUGUACUGUCCCGAAGGAACAACAUAUUUGAAAUCUGUGGAUGCUUCCUCAUUUAUAAAUUCUCCAGAUGCUUUGUAUGAGAUUCUUAAGCAAGUGUUGGAAGAAGUUGGAGUUGGGCGUGUUUUGCAAGUAAUUACAAAUAGUGAAGAGCACUAUGUUGUUGCUGGGAAGAGGUUGAUGGAUACGUUUCCUACGCUGUACUGGUCUCCCUGUGCUGCUGCUUGCAUAAAUUUGAUACUCGAGGAUUUUGGAAAAGUUGAGUGGAUAAAAUCUAUUAUAGAACAGGCUAGAUCUGUUACAAGAUUUAUCUAUAAACAUGUCGUCAUUCUGAAUAUGAUGCGGAGGUAUACUUUUGGAAAUGACAUUGUGAAGGUGGGAGUAACUCGGUUUGCUACAGACUUUAUGACUUUGAAACAAAUGGCUGACCUUAAAUUCAAUUUGCAGACUAUGGUUACUUCAAAAGAAUGGGAAGGGUGCCCUUAUUCUCAAACAUCAGGAGGAUCAGCAAUGCUGGAUGUAUUAAGUAAUCACACAUUUUGGUCUGCGUGCAUUAUGAUCACCCGAUUAACAAAUCCGCUCCUGCGAGUUUGGAGAAUUGUUGGUAGCCAGAAGAAGGCAGCAAUGGGAUAUGUAUUUGGAGGAAUGUAUCGAGCAAAAGAAACAAUCAAGAGAGAACUUGUCAAGAAAGAAGAAUAUAUGGCUUACUGGAAUAUUAUAGAUUACAGGUGGCAAAAAUUAUGGGAUCUUCCUCUUCAUGCUGCUGGUUUUUACCUUAAUCCCAAGUUUUUCUAUAGCAUCAAGGGAGAAAUGCACAAGGUGAUUAUGUCAAAAAUGCUUGACUGCAUAGAGAAAUUGGUUCCAGAUUUAAAAGUUCAAGACGAAAUUAGCAAAGAGUUAUACUUGUACAAAAAUGCUGUUGGAGAUCUGGGGAGGAAUUUGGCCAUUAGAGCUAGAGACACUCUGCUUCCCGCUGAAUGGUGGUCUACAUAUGGCAGUGGUUGCCCAAAUAUGGCACGUUUUGCAGUUCAUAUUCUCAGUCAAACUUGCAGCUUAAUUCAGUGCAAGGAGAAUCAGAUUCCUUUUGACCAACUGCACAAGACAAGGAACAGCUUAGAGCAUCAACGGCUUAGUGAUUUUGUCUUUGUUCAGUACAACUUGCAACUAAGACAGAUGGUUCAUAAGAACAAAGAGCAUGAGUAUGUGGAUCCUAUAUCAUUUGACAACACCAGCACUGUUGAAGACUGGGUAACAGAGACUGACAUGUACCUAGAAGACAAUGAAAAUACUGAUUGGAAGGCACUUGAACCGCCCUCUUAUAAUUCGAGGCUUUUAGAACUUUCAGUUGAUGAAGCUGAAGACUUGGGUUCAGGCUUUGAUGAUAACGAGAUUUUCUUAAACGGAUUGCAAUUGGUUAAAGAAGAACGCAGAACUUAA